CGCGACAGGUCCGCCUGCAAAUUCCAGCGGCUUCUCCCAAUCGAUUCGAUAUAUUCCGGUGGCAACGAACACGACGAGCCCAAAAGACGAAGCAACGUCAGUUCCCGUGAUCGGGAAAAGGAAAGGAAAAAAAAAAAGAAAAGCGACGAGCAAACGUGGUUUCCAUGAACUCGCUGCCGGUUCAACCGACGAUCCCCCGGUGGAUUAUAAAAUCCGCUCCCUUUCAAAUCGUGGAUUCUUCUCCACGGCCACUACCCGCCUGCCUCGCUGUUCUUGGCGAUUAACAAUUCCGCUCCGGUAUUCUAUAAUCCAUCGCAGGGUCGCAGGCUCGCGGUUUUGUAUGGUUGUAAAGCUGCCGAUCCUGUCCGUGGUGGAGUGGGUGGAGGUGGAGGUGCGGCCGUGCCGGUGCUUCGUCGGAGAUGAAGCCGGCGGCGAGGAGCAAGAAGCAGGGCAGGGGAGCCUUCUGCAACCUCCCGCUGCUGCUCCUCAUUGGGGCCAUCCAGUUCUUGGUCAUCUACUCCCCCGCCAUUGAUCGAUACAUGGUGAUGAUCACAAAUGGCAAGCCUGGGUUUCCAUCGCUGCUGCUGGAUGGCAGGAGAGGAUUUAAAUUGGUGGAGGAGGAGUUCAUCCCGGAGCCCCGCGUGGUGUGCGACUUCGCGGACCCGAGGUCGGACGUGUGCGAGCUGGAGGGCGCCAUCCGCAUCCGCGGGAGCACGUCGGAGGUGUUCGUGGUGGCCCCCGGCGGCGGCGGUGCGGCGAACGUGACGGGUCUCGGCGCCGGCAUGAACGCCACGAGCUGGAGGAUCCAGCCCUACACCCGCAAGGGCGAGGCCCGCGUGAUGCGCGGCAUCACGGAGCUGACGGUGCGCGUGGUGGCCGCCGGCGAGGCCCCGGCGUGCACGGUGCGGCACGACGUGCCGGCGGUGGUGUACUCGAACGGCGGCUACUGCGGCAACUACUACCACGACUUCAACGACAACAUCAUCCCGCUGUUCAUCACGUCGCGGCACCUGGGCGGCGAGGUGCAGCUGCUGGUGGCGCAGAAGCAGCAGUGGUGGUUCCACAAGUACCGGGAGAUCGUGGACGGGUUGACCAACUACGAGGCGGUGGACCUCGGCGGCGACGGCGCCGGCGAGGUGCGGUGCUUCCGGCGCGCCACCCUGGGGCUCCGCAGCCACAAGGACCUGAGCAUCGACCCGCGCCGCUCGCCGCGCAACCUGUCCAUGGUCGACUUCAAGCGCUUCCUCAUGUGGCGGUACGCGCUGCCGCGGGAGCACGCCAUCCGCACCGACGACGACGACGAGCCAGGGCGGAAGCCACGGAUGCUGAUCAUCGCGCGGCAGUCGCGGCGGCGCUUCAUGAACCUCCCCGAGAUCGUGGCGCUGGCGGAGGAGGUCGGGUUCGACGUGACGACGUCGGACGUGAUGUCGCCGCCCAAGAAGACGACCACCAGUGGCGCCGGCUCAGGGUCGGCGGCGGCGGGGGACGAGGGUCACGCGCGGAUGGCGGACGCGUCUGCGCUGGUGAACUCGUUCGACGCGAUGGUGGCGGUGCACGGGUCGGGCCUGACGAACCUGAUGUUCCUGCCGAUGAACGCGGUGGUGGUGCAGGUGGUGCCGCUGGGGCGGAUGGAGAGCCUCGCCAUGGACGAGUACGGGGUGCCGCCGCGGGACAUGAACAUGCGGUACCUGCAGUACAACAUCACGGCGGAGGAGAGCACGCUGUCGGAUGCGUACCCGCGGACGCACCCCGUGCUCCUCGACCCCAUGCCCAUCCACAAGCAGAGCUGGUCCCUCGUCAAGGACAUCUACCUCGGCCAGCAGGACGUCAGGCUCGACCUCCGCCGCUUCAGGCCCGUACUCGAGAAGGUCAUCCGGCUGCUCCGGUGAGAGGUCUCCGGUGGGGCCUUACUGACAUUGAUUGAUUGCCCCGGUGACUACAGGAAGAAGAAGAUACAGUGAUCGACACCAUGUUUCUUUUCUUUUCUUUUUCUUUCUUCUUGGAAUUUCUUCACACGACGACAUUACGACAUGUAAAAUUCAGGUGCUGUACAAUCGAUUAGUAGAGAGAGUCCUCGCUUCGUUAUCGCUCAAAGCGGCGACGAUUUUGUAUGAUAUGAAAUGUAUAUUAGUUGAGCUUUUCGUGGA